AUGACCAUCGAUAGUUGGCAAGUAGUGACAACCACCGGAGAUGGACAGAUUGUUCGACUUGUUAGUCAUCAGGAGGAAAAGAAGGUGGCGCUUUGGGAGGGAGUGUUGUUUCGGGAAGAGAGGGAAGUGGAAAGAGGGAAGGGAAGGUGGGGAAUCUCUCCGCCGCCGCUGCUGUUCCUCUCCGCCACUGCUGCUUUUUCGUCGCUGCUCACUAACGGCAAGAGAGGAGAGAGUAGAGGGAGAGAGAAAGAAAAGAUAGGAACGGAGCCAUUCUCGUUGCCACAUCCCUGCCCUCGUUGUGAUUCGCCACCCACCACCAUUGCAUCGCCAUUCUCGUCGCAAUUCACGACAUCGCCACCACUGCCACAUCCCUUUUCAUGCGAUCCGCCACCACCAUUGCAGCUCUCCUCCCCUCACGAUUCCCAGUUAACCGCCGUAGCCCCUCCUCCCCCACCACCACCUCGAGGCAUCCUAUUCUACACCUCAGAAAAUCUAUGUGAAUUCCCAAAGAGAUUAGAGUUGCUUAAACAAUCAUUAUCUGAAACACUAACACAAUUCUACCCUCUUGCUGGAAGGAUCAAAGAUGAUUUGUCCAUUGAUUGCAAUGAUAAAGGUGCUAACUUUGUAGUAGCCAAAGUGAAUUGUCCUAUUACAAAGUUUCUAGAGAAGCCUGAUUUGAAAUCAUUGAAUGAGCUUCUUGCAACCACUCCAUACUCUGGAGAAACAAUGAUAGGAGCUCAUGUGACUAACAUUCAAGUCAAUGUCUUUGAUUGUGGUGGAAUUUCAAUUGGAUUUUGCGUUUCUCAUAGGAUCUUUGAUGCUAAUUCAAUGAACACCUUCACGAAGGUGUGGACAGAAAGAGCCAGCAGCUGCAACCGCAAUUCAAAACCUUUGACAGAACCCAACUUUGCUAUAAGUUCUCUGUUCCCAACAAGUACUUUACAUUUCAGAGUCUUCUCAAAGAAAAUCUGGGGUUCCUUUUUGAAGGAAGAAAAAUGGGUCACAAGGAGGAUUGUGUUCAAAAAUUCAACUAUUGCCACCCUCAAGGCUCAAAUAAUGGCAAAAUCUUCAUCCAAUCCAUUGAAGAAUCAUCUUAACACUCCUACACGUGUUCAGAUAGUUUAUGCAUUGUUGUGGAAGUGUUUCAUGGCUGCAUCAAAGGCUCAAUUUGGAACUCAAAGGCCUUCUAUGGUGAUUAACACGGUGAACCUUCGCCGAAGAAUGGAAGAGUCUCUACGUCCUGAGAAUGCUAUAGGAAAUUUUUUGUGGUUGACAACUUUAGAGCACAUGAGUAGUGAGCAUGAGUUGAGUUUGGAUGAGUUGGUGAGUAAAUUAAAGAAGUCAAAUGAAGAAAUUGAUAAGGAUUUUGUUGCAAGAUUGCAAAGUGAAGAAGAAGGGAGUUCAAUCAUGGAAAAUGCUCUUAGGAGAAUUAGUGGUGAAACAUGGUUUAAUAAUAAUAAGGGUGAUGAUGAGGCAUUAGAAACCUUAUGGUUUAAUAGUUGGUGUAACUUUGAAGGUUAUGAUGCUGAUUUUGGAUGGGGAAAACCUAUGUGGCUGAGUAGUGUUGGUGUAAAAGAUAAUUCAGUGUUAGCGAAUAAGAUAAUUUUGGUUGAUACUAAGUUCAAAGAUGGUAUAGAAGCUUGGACUACCUUGGAUGAGGAGAAAAUGAAGCAUUUGGUGUCAAGCACUGAAUUACUCACUUAUGCAACUGUUGAUCCAAGUCCUUUAGCAGUGUCUAGCUCAAAAUUAUAG